GUCGUAGAGUUAAUGGUUAGAGACUGAUAUAUAUAAGUCUGUGCCUCUGCACUUGGGUUCGGUAGCUGUCUCUUAUCGCUUUCACUUCUUUUAAAUUAUCAUAUUUAUUUAUUUUUUAAAAAAUCGAAAAAACGAAUAUGUGAAAGCAAGCGCCAUUAGAGAGAGAAAAAAAGAAAAGAACUCUCUGAGCGAAAAACUCUGAAACUCUCCUCCUCUCUCUACUUUCUCGCUAAUCUUAUUAGUCGUUCUCUUCUCAAUUCGUCGCCUUUGUAUGAUCCAUGGAGGGUGACUAUGAAGGAUUCUCCAUCAGAGAGUACACGCGUAAUGUUAGGAGUGUUGAUAUCCGGAAAUGCUGUCCCUUCCCCGGUGAGUUCACCGGAGAUUUUGCUCAGUCACUGCUUCCUCCGUUAACUGUGGCCAAGUUCCGUUGGUGGUCUCAUGAGCCCUCGUUGCUAACGAAAUCUCCGGUUGAUCCCAAACCAGCUUUUCGGCCAAUGCAGAGUCUAAACCCUGUAAGAAACGCUUCAUCCGUGAAACGACGACGAAUGAUCUUAUCUUUCAUAAGAAGAUUAAAACCAAGAAGCUUGAGGAUUACAAGAAGGAUAACCUUAAGCGUCUACAGGACUUGUGACGCAAUUUACUUUCAGGUUUAUAACUGCGAAGAGCAAGCUCGAGAAAAAGCUGAAGAUGAUGGGGAAUGUAGUCUUGGGAUCAAAGAAAGACCGGGUGUUAUGUCUCCUAGUAUGAACAAGGCUGGAGUGCGAUGUUUCUCUUCUUAUACAGAGGAACAACUGUUUCCAGAUUCUCCCAGAUCAGUCAGUCAAGAUUGUGAUUCUGAGGUACAAAUUCCUGGAACUUUGAAGGUGGCUAAAAGGAAAGAUUGCUCGGUGAGAAGUCUUGAUAACUCGAAUAUUGAUGCUUCUCAGUGGGAGAGGCAAGUCAUAUUCUCUUUACAACUCUGCUGCUCGCAAAUGAAUCGGUUAAGUCUAUGUUCUACCGAGGAUCAGUCACCUAAGGCUAUGAUAGAAUCCAUGCAACCAAACAAGCUUCAGCCUGUGGUUUCUGGGAGAAGGUUAAGUCAUGCUCGAGCAAAAUCUGGCAUGUCUUGUUUUCCUGGACCACAUCUCACACUGGAAAGAAUUAAGCAUGCAUUGGAUUUGGAGAGAAAGAGGCAUAUGUCUCAACCUAACCAAUCAUAUAUCUCUACUUCGAGUGAGAUCCAGUACAGAAGUUAUUCUUCUUCUUCCUUGUCUCAACCUGCAUCAGUUGAUAUGCAUCGCCAGACGUUGCUGAACCAAUCACCUUCUGAUCCACUUCUUGUAGAAGAGGCCAUCUUAGAAUUACCUCUUAAACAAGGUGAAUUAAUAGAAGCAAACGGUUCCUCUAGAUAUGUUUUACCGAGUAAUUUAGUGGACUUAUCCAGUGGAAGGAAACAGUCAGCUGAGCCAGCACUUGCCAGAGAUGUAGGAAGGUUCACUGUGCAUAGUGAGAAACACCAUAUGUACUUUCCAGCUAGGCUAGGCCUUGAUGAGACCUUCACCGAUAAUGCGUUUUUCAUUUCAGACACUAGUAAUGACGGAGAGUGUGGCCACACAAUCAAUAUGGUUGCAACGCCUGAUGGUUUGUGUUUACAUGACACUCAGUCAACAAUGCGGCUGAUGGGUAAGGAUGUUUCUGUUAAAACAGGUUACUCGGAUAUGGUUAGAAGGAGGGAGAGGAUCAUGUCAUCAGAUGCUUCUAUAGAUUACUCCUUUCUGGAGAGCUAUGCUCAACAGAGCUGGUUAUGGCGAACCACAACACUUGGAGAAAAUCAUACAAUCACAUCACUAGAUAAGUCUUGGAACACAACUUUGUUGUGUGAUAUUUCAAAGGAUACGCCCUUCACUAUGUUUUCUGAACCACCCCAAGUUAGAACAUACGUUGUCCCUGAUUCAGAAUUGCCUCCCAGAAUCUUGUAUCCAUUGACUGAUAAAGAUCUCUACUUCCAUGAAUCUGGUUUAAGACACCAACUAAACAGUGUCACAUUCAGCCAGCAACAACUACCUUCUCCCUAUAAUCCCGAGAUUGCCGGUCUGCCUUCUGCUUACAGAAAUGUCGGUGUUGGUUGUCACUUACCUGAUGCUGGAGGACCAGCUCUCGGUUUGUCUUUUACUUCUACUAUGCAGUCUCAGCUUCAUUUGCCACAUAGUUCCUUUGAGAACUCUCGUUUGGAUAUGUCUUCCAUCAAUCAUCCCGCUGAGCUCAACUAGUGUCCUUGUAUGAGCCUACUCAACUUAUGACUUUAACGUUGGAAAAGCUCCACUUGUGUCUGGUUUGGAUAUGUAGAUAGGCUAGUCUACAUUGAUUUUGAUUGUUUUACUACAACAAUCAAUCCGUUGAUCGAAACACAAUAGGUUUUGAAUUUGAUUACUUUUUAGAGUUAGAAGUUGUAACUUGUAAUCAGUAGUUAUCAGUUUCUUUCACCAAGGCUUAGUGAUUUUAAACUUGCAACUAAUAUAGAGAUUAAUAUUCUUUCCUUUCAAAUUUGUCUUUUUGAGAUUUCACAUAUAGUAAAAAAUAUUUUAAAUUGAUUUUAAAUAUAUUAUUUUUGAGAUUUAAUAUAUCUCACAACUUUUAACCAAUCAAAAUUCACUAAACAUAAUUAAUUUUUAUUUUUUUACAAUUUAUUAUUAUUAUCUAAUAAAAAUGUACUGAAAAUAGAAAAUAUAUUUUUAAAACAACUUUUUGAAAAAUAUUUAUAAUUUUGGAACGGAGAUAAUACUAGAGAUAUUAGCUGGUGGAAGUAACCAUAUUUUUUUCCAGCAAAGACCAAGCAAAACAUGUACCCUUCCAACUGUUUGAAAUGACAUGGCACAGUUUAAGAUAUAUUUUAACCAAACAACUAUAGUUUUUCUUUUAUAUAAUAGUAAAUGCAAUUAGUAGUCACAAGAAAGUGACGGAGGUAUGAAGCAAAAAAGAGUUUCUAUUUGUAAAAGAAAUAGCUAAUGUGAACUGUGUAAAGGUUUGUGGUUAAUUUCUUGUUCCCUCAUUAAGUUGUCGUCUCAUCAUUUCUUUUCUUCUUAUUUAGUUUUCAUUUUCUAUAUCCCUCCCCAAAUGUCAUUGGUUUAAAUAUGUCUAUCUGCCACAAUCCAUGUCAACAUUGGACCAGUGAGAUCUCCCACACAAAAAGCACCCAAAGAAAAAUAGAGACAUACAAGGAACAUAUUCGCAAUAUGAAACUAAGGAACCAACAACAAGUUAAGAUAGUGAAAUAUUAAAACGCCAAUCAGACCUUCAUCUCCUCGACCAACUACGGAAGCGCCGCCCAAACUGAAGGGAGAGAAAGCAAGAUAAAUCUUGUAGCCGUUGAGGGGCUAAAUUUCCUUCCCCUACAAGCAAGCAUUUCUUUCAUAUCUUUUAUCAUACUUUUUAAUGGGUUUUGAGUUUUCACAUAAUUCAUGAAGGAAAUGGAGUUGCAGCACAAUAACAUGUACCUACGAGCUAAGAUAGCACAAGGCGCGAGAUUGAAUCCGGAACAGCAGGGUUCGAGUGUGAUACAAGGAACGGCGGUUUAUGAGUCCGGUCUGUCAUCUUCUCAUGAUCAGUCCCAGCAUUAUUACCGGAACUAUAUUCCGGUUAACCUUCU